UAACCUCGCUAUAACCUCUCUAUAACCUCUUUAUAACCUCUUUAUCUCUGUAAAGCUGCUUUGGGAAAAUAUUUACUGUUAAAUAACUACAAAAUAAAACUGCAUUCAAUUAAAGUGUAUUGACUGUUAAUGAAUAAAUAGAUUAAUUAUUGAUCUCAGUGCAGGUGUGAGAAUGUAUUUAUUGUCGAUGCUGCGUGUGAAUAAUUUACUGUUUCUCUCUGUAUGAAGUUUUAUUACUGUGUUCUGUGUCCCUGAGCAACAAAUACAUGAAUAAUUUAAUAUUGUCUCUGUGAGCAGUCGGUCAUCUCACAGCAUGUGGACUGCAUUUACACACACACACACACACACACACACACACACACAGACAUUUCACUCAACUGCCAUUUGCACUAAAACAGUUUUUUGUCAAGGUCAGUAUUAAGCAAAAAUAAAAUAUAUUAUUCAAAUGUAAAUUAGAAUUUGAAAUUUAUUUUAGAGGGAAAACAGGAAGGACUUUGUUAAUCACCAUAGCAACCGAUGUAAGAAAACAGGAAGCACAUACUAUAUAAUGCUCCGUGUGUGUGUGUGUGUGUGUGUGUGUGUGUGUGUGUGUGUGUGUUCUAACUAAUAGGAGCAAAAUUAACACGAAUGUAUUAAUCUAAUGAUUGCAAUAAAAAAUAAUCCUGUAUAAAAUAAACUGAUAUUAAAGGAGGCGUGGCAGCUGGAGGCAUGGCAGCUGGAGGUGUGGCUUCCCUGAAGUUCAUUACAAAUGAUAAAUUAAUGAUUACAUUUAUAGCUGUUUAAAUCUUUAACUUUAUUAUUUUAUUUCAUUGUUGGUGGUUAAACUUCAAUGCAUAUAAAUGAUUUAUUCCUGCAGGAUAAAGCUCCGCCCCCAAACCCAGCACCACCUUCAAAUGUGGCUGUAUCUUUAAUAAUAGCCCCAAGUUCACCAACACAUGUAGCUCCACAUACCCCUUUAACCCCCCCUCAGAUCAUAGCUCCGCCUCCACACAGAGCCCUGCCCCAAACCUCAACACAUCUACAGACUCAAACAGAAACACCUGCUUUAUCAAUAAACUCCACUUUCCAGAAUUCCUCUGGAAUUACACCACUGCCCUGCCCCCUUCCUCCAGAAAACCCCACUCCCAUCCUCACAUCUCCACCCUCCUCCACCCCUCAGAAUACUCUAAAAACACCACCUGCACUUCAGCAUCACUCAUCUUGUGAAUCCCUCCAACCUCAGCUUGUGACCUUUGACCUGAGACCAAACUUUAACCUCCACCCUGGCCAUGACUCUCCAGUGGGUGAUGUUGAUCUGUGUAAAGGAACUGAUGAUGAGAUGUCAGGUGUGUGUGAGUUCAGACUCUGGCCUUCAUGUGCGUCUCGCCUGGCGUUAAUUACAGCUCUGAUUCCAUUCUUCGUCAUCGUCAUCAUCAUCAUUGUCACAGUGAGGUUUGUGUCGUUCCCAUCGAAAAUGAGAGACAACAGCGCCUCCUGUAAUGUGAAGUGGAACUGCAGCCUAACACCAGGGCCUUCAUACACUCCUAAACUACCUGUCAAUCAAACUCGUAACACUUCCCUAGACUGCACUGGUCCAGUGGGGGUUUCGGGGCGGAUUGUGGGCGGGGCUGUGGCUCUGCAGUGGGCGUGGCAGGCCAGUCUACAGUGGAGGGGUCAACAUGUGUGUGGAGGGGCAAUAAUUACCCCAAACUGGGUCAUAACCGCCGCCCACUGCUUCAUCGAGUAUGACCUGAUGCUGGAAGUUGAUUGGCAGGUUGUGGUCGAUACACUUGUCGUGUCUGAUGUGUCACACGGUCAGCGCUACAACAUACUGCGCAUACACACACACCCUAAAUACUCCAAACAAACCAAUGACUAUGACCUCGGCUUGCUCCUCACACACACUGCCAUGAGGAUGGGGGACCGUGUGUACCCUGUGUGUUUGCCGAUUGUUCCUCAGUCAUUCCCGGUUGGCUCGUCGUGCUGGGUGACCGGAUGGGGCUUUACACAUGAAGGAGGUUCAGUGUCAGCCCAGCUCAGACAGGCGCAGGUUCAUAUCAUUGAUCAGACAGUGUGCUCUGGUUCCUUAGUCUAUGGUUCCUACAUCACUCCCAGAAUGCUUUGUGCUGGAAAAAUGGAGGGUGGAAUCGAUGCCUGCCAGGGGGACAGUGGCGGCCCCCUGGUGUGUGAGACUGUUGAUGGGGACUGGCGGUUGGCGGGCGUGGUCAGUUGGGGUGACGGAUGUGGACGAGUAAAUAAACCUGGCGUUUACUCACGAGUGACAUCACUACUGCAGUGGAUUAAACAAUACACACAGGUACACACAGGAUGGAGACGUGACUGAAUCAGGACUCACUGACUCCACAGCAGCUCCUGAUUUGUCUCUGUAAAAGUGUAAAUGUUUGAUUAUUGUGUUUCAGGGGUAUAAUCAGCUUUAUUGUGGUGUGUGAAGUGAAACAGCAGGAAUGUCGUGUCCUGAACACUGACACAGCCACAUUUAUUUUCUUUAUCCUUUAUAUUUUAUUGUAUUUAGAAUAAAAACCUUUCAUCUCUGA